AUGGAGCCAGAUAUUGAGACCACCGAAUACAUUAUGUUCUCCAUUGAUCCUGCCACUUUUCAACGGGAUUUCGUCGACAACGAUCGCAUUUCUCUUUUUUCAUUCCGCACAACUUUCAACCCGGCAACAGAAUUGCUUAUAGUCAAGAUGGCUAGUCCCGAACACACCCAAAUCGCCUUCGCCUUCCACAAAGCCAUCGACGUGGCUAUUCAACGCAUGGGGCUUGACCUAGCCAUCAAUCAGUAUGCAGGUACCGUCAUCAAUGUCAAUGGGCAAAGUAAACAGCCCGAUAUGGGCUGGGGGCCGAGAAGACCCCCUCGAGGCUGUACGAAGCGGCCCGUGGUAAUCUUGGAAGUGGGGGUCUCGGAGUCUGAAGCCAAACUCCGCCGGGAUGCCGCUCUCUGGCUUAACCCCAAUAGGGGAAAUGCAAACAUUGCGAUUACAAUCAAGUUGAAUCGCAAAAGAGCCCAUGUCAAGAUUGACAAAUGGGUGUGGGAUGGUGCCAAUGGCACAUCCCUUCUAUCACAACGUAUCGAGGUCUCUGAAAAUGACCUCGAUGAGGUCAAACUAUCUGGUGGUCCAUUGACCAUCCCGUUCAAUCUGCUUUUUUUACGAGAACCUGAGGCACCAAGAGAAACAGAUAUUAUAAUCGAUGAGGAAUGGUUGCUCACGAUUGCGGAGUGGGGAUGGGAGAUGCAAUUUCAGUAA